UUCUCGAUGCCGCUUAAACGCGUGCGUGGCAAAUCUGACGUGCUGGGCUGGUGGUGGUUUCCCCUUAGCUCAGAUUCCCAGUCUACCUUGAACAUACACAUCCUUUCGCGAUGUAAAGAGGAGAAGAAGAAGUUUUCGUCAAACUACGUCUGCGAGAUGGAAGGCAUAUGA